GGAGAUUCUUCUAUCAUCUCAGCUCACAUAAAAUUAUGCUCGUCCCUCUCAGCCUUUCAGACUCCGCAGAUGAUAGAGUUCUGGGUCAAUCAUCCUUCACCAUGACGUACCCAAGCGCGCAGAAUCUCCGCAUGCUUCGAAACCCAUCCUUGGAGGAUGAAGAAUCAAGAGUAGUGACUGGAGGUGGAGUAUCUUGGCACUCUCCAUUUCGAGGUUGCCAGUCUCCUUUCCGCUAUAUAUACAGCGGGUUCAGUCGAGAUGAUGGAAGGACAUCACCUCUGCCAAAUACAUCGGCACGAACAAUAUUUUCGACAUCAAUCCGUCAAUAAAACAUGUCUUUCCCAGCCAGCUUACCAAAAGCCGUGACCGCCGUUCUCGAAUCCAUCAAUAGCAAGAGCAGCACAGAUUUCUGCACGGCUUUCUCGUCAGAUGGCAUCAUAAUUGACGAAGGCCGAACCUGCAAGGGUCACUCCUCAAUCGAAGCCUUCUUCAAAAAUGCCUUCAUCUCGCACUCCGCCUCAGUCAUCUUUAAGAAUGCAAACCAAGUAGGAGAGCACAUCAUCAUCCAAGUAACAAUGGAUGGCGACUUCGUCGCUGACUACGGCAUCACCGAGCCCUUCAUCCUCUACUUCAACUUCCACCUCCACUUCAACAAUAUCACCUCCCUCCUCAUCACGCCCUGGGACUCCUCUAAUCCAACCAUGACCGCCGUCUACGUCGAUAAAGGUAGCAUCGAUGAUCCCAUCUCCGCGAUCAAAACCGCACCGAGACUACAGCCAACUCCUCAGGAAGGUUGGGUGAGAGUCAAGAUGCUGGCGGUAGGCCUAAAUUACCAUGAUAUCUUCACCAUGCGCGGGCUCGGCAUGCGAACUCCAAAAUUCCCUCUCAUUCUCGGCUGCGAAGGAGCAGGUGUGCUUGACGAUGGGACGGAAGUCCUCUUGUACCCCGCCAUGGGGAAUCCGAAUUUCAAAGGCGACGAAACACUGGAUCCAGAACGCCAUGUUCUCAGCGAGCAGACGGAUGGGACAUUAGCCGAGUACGUAAACGUCCCGCUUCGGAAUGUUGUGCCGAAGCCGAAGGGGCUUGAGACCAUUUCAGCUGCUGUGUUGGGCAUUGCGUGGUUGACGGCUUACCGGAUGUUGUUUACGAAGUCGGGGUUGAGAGCUGGACAGACGGUGUUAGUUCAGGGAAGCUCGGGCGGUGUGACGACGGCGUUGAUUCAGAUGGGUAGUGCGGCGGGCAUGCGGGUUUGGUGUACGGGAAGGACGCAGGAGAAGAGGGAGUUGGGGCUGAGACUUGGGGCUGAGAGGGCUUUUGGGUCUGGUGAGGAGUUGCAGGAGAAGGUAGAUGCGGUGUUUGAUACUAGCGGGGAAGUAACUUGGGAGCAUUCUGUGAACUCUGUUAAGGCUGGAGGGACUGUUGUGACUUGUGGUGGUCAUAGUGGAAGCUCGAUCCCGCUGAAUGUUCAGAAGGUAUUUGUUGAGCAGCUGAAUAUUCGGGGGUCGUACUUGGGUACCUUGCAGGAGUUCAAGGACCUGAUUUCUUUUGUUGUCUCAAAGGCCAUUGUGCCGCAUGUUGGUCAUGUACUUCCUUUGCGCGAAGCCGAUGUUGGAUUUCGCGCGAUGCUCGAAGGGAAAACCGCAGGAAAGAUCGUUGUGACCUUGUAAUGCUUCCUGAUCGUACAGUACCAUUAAUAUAGAAUACAUCAUCGACCUCCAUU